AUGAUUGGUCGCAGUGGUAUACCUUCCUAUCAGCAAACAAUUAGAAAUUAUAUGAAAAUACAGACACGAGGCGAUUUUAAUUACCUAAUGUGCUUUCGGGAGGAAUAUUACUGUUCGAUCGAAUAUGAACUGGGUGAUGAUGACGAAGAAGAAAGUAGUUCAGAAAGUGACGAUUCGUCUGAUGAGGACGACGAUGAUGAUGAAUAUACAUUAGUGACUCGGUUUUAUGAAAAACUAUCUAAAUCAUGGUACUGUCAAUGUCCGACCGGUGAAAGGAGCUGUGAAUCUCCUAUUGAAUUACUUAAAGGAAUCAAUGAACAGCAUGAAGAAAUACAAAUUGAAUUUUUGAGAUGGUUUUCGGUGAUGACCUCAACUCAAGCUGGUCGUCUUUCAUUAAUUGGUGUUGAAGACGAUUUAGUAUCAACUUUUACUGAUUAUAUUCUAAAUGAAACAUAUUCGAAAUCAGUUAAAUACGAAAUUAUUGUUUUGUUAUACAAUCUAUUGUAUAUUGAUUCAAAUACUCGAGUACGAAUCUUUACUCGUUAUCUUCAACGCUGCUUAGCACUCACUAAUCUCAGUUUUCCUUAG